GAACUUUCUACCGUCACUUCGCAGGCCGUGAGCAGCAAUGGUGGCUGAGGAGAUUGUGGUCUCCCUGUCUGGGGGGUCCCCGUGGGGCUUCAGACUUCAGGGAGGAAAGGAGCAGCAGAAGCCUCUACAGGUGGCAAAGGUACGCCGGCGCAGCAAAGCUUGCAGAGCCGGGCUGAAGGAGCACGAUGAGCUCGUUGCCAUUGGCGACCACAUGUGUGCAGAGCUCAGCCAUGCUCAGGCCAUGAGCCUCAUUGAUGGACAGAGUGCUAUGCUCCACCUGAGGGUGAAAAGGGCUUCUGCUGGAUUCCACUCUUCCUCUUACUCUGGUCGCUCCUCACCUCCUCGCCUCUCUGCCGUGUCCUCCCACUUCUCUCCUGCCGCCGAGCCCAGUGGCAUCACCUCUCCUCCGGACAGCGAGGCCUACUACGGCGAGACGGACAGCGAUGCUGACAUGCAGUCGUACACACUCUGCCGCCAACGACGCACACCUCCUCACACCCGCUCACCUGGUCGCUAUGACAACCAUCAGGAGGACGAGAUGUCUGAAAUGAGCGGAUAUGAGAGUGCCAACGAUGCAGCACUACUCCGGUGCAAGGAUUUUGUCUACCAGCCCCACCAGACGGACUGGACCACGCCCCCUGCCCACACCCCGGCCCACAGCCUCACCCCGACCCCCGAUAGGGCUUUGACAGAGGCCGAGGGGGAAGGAGACAGCGGCUUCCAGGAAGUGGGGGGCAGUGUCGGGAUUGCCGCAUGCCUGCCUUUGGUGUCUCCGGAGCGGGCCAAUGAUGCCCGAAUGCUGCGGUCUGCUGGGAGUCAUCUGGUGCCCAUGGUGGGACCCCAGCAGGGCCCUGUGAGCGAGGAUCUCUCUGCCACCUAUAUGGACAAAGCACGGCAAGCCAAGCUGCAGCGUGGCGAGAGUCUGGUGGAGAAGCAGGUGAAAGAAGCUCGAACCAAAUGUCGCUCCAUUGCCUCCCUGUUGACCGAUGCUCCCAACCCAAACUCCAAAGGGGUGCUGAUGUUCAAGAAGCGGCGGCAGAGGGCCAAGAAGUACACACUGACCUGCUUUGGAAAGGCUGAGGAGGAGGACAGGGGAGGGGAGACCACCGAGGGGGAGACGGAGGAGGAAGGCGGGAGCUCCAUCCAAAGCUCCGAAGUUGACGAGGAGGGCUUCUCGGCCUCGUUUGAUCCCACGUGGGACAGCGGUUACUUGGACCUGCUGGACAGGAGGAGCGCCGCUUGCCCGCCCACCACUCCUACAACAGCCAAUACCAGCCAAGGAUUUGACAGCCCACCUAAGCACAAUCAAAUACUAGUGACACCUGUCAAUCAAUCCCCGAGCUUGGAGGUGUUUGGGAUAGAGAGUAUGAAGCAAUCAGUCGAGCCGUCUCACCAAAUGUCUGCACCGAUUCUUCACAAUGGGGGGGCAGUUGCCAUAAGUCGGGCUAGUGUUAAGCUAAGAUCACCACCUUUAACCCCUCCUAUGAAACAAAAUGGCCAAUGCACCAAUCUCAGUCCAAGUCCUUGCUCUGAUCACCACUUGAAUGCUAGUUUAAGUCCUAAUGCCUCAACGCUCAAUCGCACCGCCCGCCCCUUCACCCCUGGCUCCAGCCCCUCUCGCUCAUCUGUCACCUCUGUGAUGUUUCAACCUCCCCAGCCCAAACCAUCCGCAGCCACCACAGUGAGCAAACUCGCGGAUGCCGUCUCCACGGUGACCAUUGCGCCGACUCUCUAUCCAUUAGGCCCAGAUGCCAAGAGGGCCGUGUCUAGCACCUCCCUUUACAUCCCAGCUCGGAAUAACAGCGCCACCCCCUCCAUCAGCUCCUCUGCUCUCUCUCCUCCCACCUCAUUGCCUUCACCUCCUUCCCAACCAUUUCCCCCUCCCCCCUUGGUGCAAGCUUCACAUUCCCCUGCUCUUGCCCCCCUUCCUCCUCAAGGCUCCCAAACCUAUCCAUCACCUGUUCAAUCCUUCUCACCUCCACAGGCAUUUCACUCUCAUUCUACCUUUUAUCAAUCCCCUGGAAUUUCUGUUCCUCCUAUCUCCCAGAUCCAAGUCCCCAUGUCUCCUCCUCCCACCCAUCUUUCUCCAGCUGCACCUGCCCAUCCCUGCAUCCCUGCAGUAGCAUCCACGAGUCCCCAUGUUGCCAUGGUCACAGCAAUGCCCCCUCAAGCCUCUGUCUCGACCUCCCUGGCCACUCGCGAACAGCAGAUCUCUGUCCCAGACGCUCGCACUGGCAUCCUUCAUGAUGCGCGACGAAGAAGCAACAAAAAGCCGAUGUUCAGCGUCAUCCAGAGCAAAGACGUGUCCCCUAACCCCGCUUUGAUGUCCAUGGUGCAGAACAUGGAUGACCGCUUUGGGAAAACAGUGGUCGCAGAGCCUGGUGCUGCAACCGAUGCUGAGGUGGGUCAUGAGUCCGGGCCCGAGGAGGACUGGUUGAGGCUGGGAGCAGAGGCUUGUAACUUCAUGCAGGCUCAACGGGGACCUAGGCCACCCCCUGUAGCUCCAAAACCACAUACAACUCAGGCACCUCAGCUGGCAGGAAAGGGGGGUCAGCUGUUUGCCCGCCGCCAGAACCGCAUGGAUCGAUACAUUGUUGAAAGAAGCCCCUCUGUCGCCGCUGCGCCAUUCUCUCCUUCCCAGACCAGGGAGCCGUCACCCACGCCUUCACUUCCGUCCACCUGGAAGUACUCCUCAAACAUCCGGGCCCCUCCUCCCAUUUGUUACAACCCCCUACUCUCACCCUCCUGUCCCCCCAAAGCACAGAAGAAGACAGAGGUAACAAAGACCGGACCGGCUGGAUCCAAAGGGAAGAAAGCCUCCAACAAGACAGUGGACGUCAUGAACCACCAGCCUUACCAGCUCAACUCGUUUCUCUUCACCUACGGGGGCAUGACACCACGGGGUGCCUCCACCAAUCAUCAGCCAGGUGGCCCUCAGAAGACUGAGCGAGUGUAUGAAGUGAAGCGCUUCUCCACACCCCCUCCGACAGCCACAGCCCCCACACUAAAUGUUAUCCAACCUCGAUCAGCCACCACCCUCGGCGAACCAAUGUGGCGUUCCAACAUGGCAUCCCCUCCACCGCAAACUGCCGUCUAUCAAGCUCAGACACCCACCACACCAUACCAACCUCUGUGGUCCCCUAAACCCUCGUCCCCUCUGCUGCCCCCUGCCCCUACAGCCCCCCUCCCCCAGCUUCCCACUUUUGCCUCAGCUCCACACCCUGCCCAGUCCCCCUCAUUCUUCCACCGCCAGGCCUCACAGCCCCAGCAACAACAAGCCGACAGGCUGUUUAAAAGCACACCGGAUCUGAGUCCUCUCUGGUCCCCCGGUGCACCGCGGCAGAUGUCCACUGGCAGUCAGUUCAGCAGGGUGCCCAGGCCUAGGUUCAGCACCACUAACCUGGGCCUACAGCCCUGCGUGUGGCGCCCUGGAUCUGCCAAGUAAGCUUACCCAUUUUGACCUGGACUCAUUGGAAACCACUACACUUUAUUUCUAAACUUAUUUUUAGUUUGUUAAAGGGGUAGUUCGAAUUUUUUGACAUGAAGUUGUAUGACAUCUCCAUGAGAAGUGUAGUGCAUCAAAAGUGACUUUCCCCCUACAUCGUCUGGUGAGCCCAGUUCUGGUCAGAUUUCAGCGAUGAGGAAAUUGGUUCUGGUUAGUUGGUGAGGCCCAAUUAAGUAAAGAGUUUGUCAUCUCAAAACAAUAUGCGUUCAGAAGAGUAAUACAAUUGCAUCACAAAAAUGCCUCCUCGAAAAAAAUCAGACCUCUCAAUCACUCUGCGCUAUUUUCCCUCCAUUGGUAUCACUGCGCCCUACUGCCACCUGGGCACAUUUCCAUCACCUGUUUCACAUUGUUUACUGCUGUGAUAGUGAACAUAAACAUGUCUCACUACGAAACACGUGCUGGCGACAUUCCUUUUAGCAAAAAGGGAUACCUAUAUGAACAGGAAUACACAGAUGCUGAACUUCGUCUGAUGGAGUUACAACGAGCAGAGAGAAAGAUGAGGGUCAGUACAAGCACUACAAGCUGAUGGGAAUGUCAUACAACCUCAUGUCAAAAAAUUUCAAUUAUCCUUUAUUCAAGACAUUUUAUGUUGGAUUCAAUCAAUGACAAGAACCUGAUCAACAUAUUGAUCACUCUGUUGAUUACUGUUUGAUCCUCACUGGUUGUGUUGUAAAGGUGAACGCUGGUUUAGCAAAGGAAAGGUACUGUGGGAGACCUUGAGAAAGUAGACAGGAUUAGAGGAUUAGGAUUAGAAAAACGCAGGGAAAGAAGACGUUGAAAUCAGAAUGAAGUGUAGACAAUGUGGAAAAGACAGAUUUAGUUUUGGAUCAGCGCGACGAUGAAAAAAGUCUCAUGAAGUUUGAUAAUUCCUGUUGUUGUCAAACAAUAUAACACAAACUAUAUAACACAGUGGCGUUUGAGUGUUUUUUAAAAUGUUGCUAAAUAUAGUUGUGAACGUUUUGUUUGUUUUUCAUAAUAUCACACAUAAAAAAAAAAACUAAUGUGUCCUCAUGGAACAGGAGGCGAACAACCCCCCCUGUGGCUGUGAUUUCUGUUCCACAGAGACACGGCGGCCAAAUAAAA